UCCAUAUCAAGUUGAAUCAAAAUUGUCGACGGGAGAAGAAAGAGGAGUUGGCGACGAAUCUCCAAUGGACAAUACGGAGUCCAUCAAAUUCAACUCCAAACGGAGCGUUAUUUCUUUUGUCUCUCAAUCCGUAUGUUCCACCUGAUUCAUUUCUCUGUCUUCUUCGCUAUCAAUGCACAAUCCGCCAUCUAAUGGCGGCCGGAUCCUUGAAGAGGAGGCAGUCUAAGCGAUCGAACUCCAAGCCCUCUUCUGUAGCCAUGACUCCUCGGCCUUCUUAUCAACGUUUCCUUACCCCUAGAAAUACUGCACUUCUAGUUUCCAUUUCUUUGAUUUUCUUUGUUGUUCUGGUCUCCGGCAUUUCUUUGAAUGUAUUGCGUAGAUCGCCCAAAUAUGAAGUUCAAUCGCCAAUUAUUUACUCUAUCGAGGUUGUCAACGAAUUUGCUCACGAUCCUGGAGCCUUUACUCAGGGACUGGUUUAUGUUGAAAAUGACACCCUAUUUGAGUCAACUGGCCUUUAUGGACAGUCAUCCGUUCGAAAAGUAGCUCUCUCUACUGGGAAGGCUGAGGUUCUUCACAAGAUGGAUGACACUUACUUUGGGGAAGGCUUAACGCUUCUUGGGGAAAGGCUGUUUCAAGUAACUUGGUUGAAGAAAACUGGUUUCAUAUAUGACCGAGACAAUUUAAGCAAAGUUAAGGAAUUCACUCAUCACAUGACUGAUGGUUGGGGAUUGGCAACAGACGGAAAAGUUUUGUAUGGUAGUGAUGGAACAUCAACAUUAUACCAAAUUGAUCCAGAGACAUUUAUAGUUACUAAUAAAUGGGUUGUGAGAUAUCAAGGAGAUGAGGUGCAUAACCUCAAUGAGCUGGAAUUUAUCAAUGGAGAAGUCUGGGCAAAUGUUUGGAUGACUGAUUGCAUCGUCAGAAUCUCAAUACGUGAUGGAAGUGUGCUUGGAUGGGUUCUCCUCCCGACUUUGAGACGGAAAUUGUUGCGAGAAGGGAAACAAAUUGAUGUUUUAAAUGGCAUUGCAUGGGAUAGCAGCAAGAAUCGCCUUUUUGUGACAGGAAAGCUAUGGCCGAAGCUCUUUGAAAUCAAAGUACAGCCAUCAAAGGAGCAUUAUGGCGAUGAAAAGAUAAAGCAACUUUGCUUGCGAGAGCCAGUUACAUUUUGACAAACAUUACGGUGACGAACAAGAAGAGGUCUACAUCCACCGGGCACAGUCGGUAUAUAUAUGACGUUCAAUUUUAUAUCCAUGGUUCUUUGGUAAUCUUCUGCCUGCACUUGGCUUAAUAGCGAAAGAGAUCACUUGUUUAUAUUAUGUUUUCGAGUUUCAACUAUAUUACUAAAGUUAUGUAGUUAUAGUAUGAAUAAACAGUCAGAGGCAGAUAAUAUCUGUAGGAUUUGUAUUUACUGGUAUCCUUUGCUGUGAACUUUGGACUUAAGGUAGUUUAGUUUGGAAUGCACAGCACUGUAAUUUUUGUUGUAUUUUGUUCUAUUAGUCACAAAACAUUUAAGGUGAAGAAAAGUUACACGAUAGAAUGAAAUUUUUUAUACUA